UCCCAAAUCGCCUUGGUGUACAAAUUUGCAUUCUUUUAGAUUUUUGUAUGCUGCAGCUCACCUUUUUUUAUCUUAAGCUCUUGCAGGCAACAUAGCACUGAUUUUGUGGACUUGGUUUUGCCUAUUUCAAUGCAGAGCUGAUCAAAGAGGGGGCAUCUGUUGCGCUUGGCACAUGUGAACUUGGUGAGAGUGACUUGCUCCAGGCUGUUGGAGUGUUGGGUCUGGACAAGCUCAAUUUGCUUGGGAUUUUCAGUUUUCUAUGGAUUUCAGCUAUAUCUGGUUGGUGGCUUGUAUGCUCCUGGACUUUUGCAAGCAAACAUUUGUGUUUUAGAGUUUAUUCCAUGCUGAAAUUUGUUUCACAAAGUAAAGCUGCUGUGAUCUGGAUGUGUAUUAGUACCACAGAGGUGGGUUUAGCUACCGGCGACUGAGGGCUACCGUGUCUCUGAGCAGCUGUUUCAGGAUGUGUGCUCUGCUGUGCUGUGCUCUUUUCUGCCGUCUCUUCCACUUUUUCAGUAGUGCUUGAUAUAUGGUACGUUAUUCAGCUGAAUUUUCCUGUUUUUCAUACAGCUGUGCAAGCUUUGCAAGGGUCUUGCUGAACAGCUGGAUGUGGGCCUGUCCAAACUUGAAAGCCUGGGUUCUACCCUGGAGCAGACUCUUUCAAGCUUUACCUGUGUGCUGCAUUUUAUCAGUAGUAGCACCCGCUUUGAAGACUCCACAACUUGAAGCAUAUCACCCAAUUUCCCAGUCCUGGUCUUUCUCAGAUGAUACCAGCCUCUUGCUUCUCCAUAGGUCCUCUUGAAAGGAAGAAGCACUGUGAAGCCAUGACAAUCCCUUUCUUAGUCAUUUCCUGCCUUAUGAUAAUUACCCAAGUGAAUGGCAGCCCAGCACCUGCUUCAUGUGCCCAGGUUCACUGCCCACCAAUGCCCAGUAACUGCAUUGAAGCUGGUAUCAGAUCUCUGACAGGAUCCAGUAGUGCUGAUGCCACCUGCUGUCCUGUUUGCUUAACGCGUGGCUGCAAAUGUCAGGGAUACCAGCUUUGGGAUUGCAUUGCUGGGGGAUACCCCAGUGGCAAGGUGCCAGCUGGAGCGUCCUAUCUUGUGGAUUCAGGAAGCACUGAAUGUCGUUGCCCAUCACGUACUGGAGGCCACAUCAUAUGCCAUUUCUUACCUUGUCCAGAAUUACCACCUAAUUGCUUGGAGGUGUGGAAGCCCCAGAGAAGUAGUGGCCAAGGUGGGUCAGAGUCAGAGUGUCCUCAGUGCCUGAGGACAGGGUGCCUCAAUAAUGGGAGACAGGUGGAUGAAGGUCACACUGAUUUUGUGGACUCCUGUACUCUUUGCCACUGCCAAGCAGGUGGUACUCUAGUGUGUGCCCCAAAACCUGACUGCAAGGAAGAAGCGGGAACAUCUCACACCAAACAGCUUGUGGAUUUGGGGCGAAGACAGCUAACCAGGCCAGAUGAUGAGCAAGUAAGCAGCAGGAGCACUGUAGUUCCACCCCAAGGCAAGACCCCUAUCUCCAGCAGUUUUCAGACUCAAAUGACCAGAGUUAAGACAAGCAACUUGAACCAGCAGGUUCCUCCACAAGAAUCUGGAUCCAGCUCGACACGCAAAACUAUAGGUAGAAGGCCCCAAGCAGUGGGUCCAAAAUGGCAGAGCUCCCGAAACAGAGCUUUCCCAGGGGUUACACAUGCUUUUAUAGACCAUCUGACAGUCAUUGACAAAGGGCCUCCCUUCAAAAACCCACUCUCCUCUACUUCAGACCACCUGGUCAAGGGCUCUUUUGCCACAAUUUCUGGUGUAGUAUUUAAUGGUCACAGAACUGGUGACACCACUGUGCGGCCUAGCAGUAGCACUCUCGGGUUACAGCAGACACAAAGUCCAUCUAAAUUCAAGCAGGAGAAGAACCCAAUUUGGCGUCCAACUGCUUCACAGCCAAUCUCCUACUUGUCAGAAAAACUUGACUCUUCAGUAGACUCAUGCUGUGCCAAAGGCCGUCGGAUUGCAAUGGAAAGCAAGAAGUGCAACGUGACUCGGGGUCCUAGUCAAGAAACUGAUCAUUGUAGAAUAAUCCGUGUGGCAUGCUGUGUCUCGACAAAAGAAGAUCUGGCUUGUCAAAUGGGCAUCAAAAAUGCACAACAAGGGAGCAGCACAUGUCUGUGGGAUCUGAUGGUGGACGACUCUGCUGACAUGGCCAGGAUGUGCUAUGAAUGCUGCUCUCUAGGCUUACAGGCACAGGCUUUGGCUUUGUCUUGCACUCUGAUAUCUUCUAUGUCACCUGCAAUGUCCUGUGCAAGUGCAUUUGAAGCCUGCUGUCUCCCUGAUGCAGGAGGUAGGAGAGAGCCGCGUAGACCACAGGAGGAAUCUCAGGGCAGAGGUGAACUACAUGAUGGAUUGGAGGCCAGGACCUACAGUCUGUGCCAAGGCCCACUGAAUCCAUGUUCACAGUUGUGCACAGAGAAGGACCAGUCCGUACUUUGUUCCUGCCACCAAGGAUAUCGGCUAAAGUCAGACCUCCGGAGCUGUGAAGAUAUCAACGAGUGUAUAAUUGGACUGCACAACUGCACACGCUUCCAAACGUGCGAGAACACACCAGGGGCUUUCCUUUGUACACCAAACCCAGAGGCCUGUCAGGAGGGCUACAGCUUCAACAAUGGACAAUGUGCAGAUUUAGAUGAGUGCAUUCUGGGAACUCAUUCAUGCAAUGUGGAUCAGCUGUGUGAGAACACUGCUGGAAGUUUCUCGUGUCGCCAGCUAGCCAACUGUGCUGCUGGGUAUCAGGCCAUUCCUUUGGGGGGCUGCUCAGACGUCAAUGAGUGCAGUGCGUUGGUCUCUCCUUGUACCGAGGGCUACAACUGCAUCAACACGAUUGGGUCGUACGCCUGCCACCGGCACAUCGUGAGCUGUGGACGAGGUUACCAUGCCAGUGAAGAUGGGAUGCGGUGUGUUGAUGUGGAUGAAUGUCGUUCGGGAGUUCACCGCUGUUCAAAUGGGCAGAUAUGCAUCAAUGCCCCUGGUACUUAUCGAUGUGACUGCAGCAGAGGGUACAAGGCCGAUCCAGUAACCAGACGAUGCGUGGACAUUGAUGAAUGCACCCAGUACUCAGGCCGUGUUUGUGCUCAGAAAUGCCGGAAUGAGCCCGGGUCAUACAACUGCGACUGUGAGCCUGGAUACACACUUACCAAGAACCAGAGGAACUGUCAAGAUGUGAACGAGUGUGAGAGCGCGCCCUGCAGUCAGGAGUGUGCAAAUGUCUAUGGCUCCUUCUACUGCUACUGUCAAAAGGGAUUUGUAUUGAAUCAGACUGACCGGUCCACCUGCGAGGACAUUGAUGAGUGUGCAAUGGACAGCACACUUUGCUCCUUUCAUUGUGUCAACACCCCUGGCAGCUUUCAUUGUGCGUGCCCCAAGUCCGGCUACACCCUUUCCAGCAACGGGAGAAACUGUAAAGAUGUGGACGAGUGCACUUUGGGUACCCACAACUGCUCUUUGACUGAGAGCUGCUUUAAUAUUCAGGGAGACUUCCGGUGUUUGUCUAUCCAAUGCCCACAAGGAUACCGGAGGACAGAGGAGUUCCGCUGUGAACGGGAAUCCUGCCUGGGUUUUUCCGAGUGCCAGUCAACACCACAGCACAUUUCCUACCAUCGGCUCACUUUUCCAUCCAGCAUCCGCACUCCUGCUGACAUCUUCCGCAUUGCACACAGUCCUCCCAUCUUUGCUGGCGAUCAUGUCUUGGUGAACAUUUUGAGCGGCAAUGAAGAGGGGCUGUUUUCUGCUCGUCGCUCAGAUCUCUACACUGGGCUUAUUUCGCUGCUGGCCCCUCCUCCCUCCCCACCACAGGACUUCCAUCUUCAUGUGGAGAUGACUCUGCUGCGCCACAGAACUGCCACCAAGUUCCAUGCUGUCCUCUAUGUCUUCAUCACGCCACCUAGUACCUAAGCACAUGUCAAUGACCCCAAGCAAUCAACUGAAACAAAGCUGUUGGGCACUGUCUUAGUCUGUCCACACUGUUUUAAGGGCCAUCCAUGCAGCUUUUCUAGACAGUAGGCACAACAUUUGUUAUGUGGAUGUGGGUCAAUACACGCCCUCCCAAUGCUUUUUUGAAAAGACUGAUGUUAGAAUGCAAAAUAUAACAUCUUGGGAAAGUGAACUUGCCUGUAUGCACCUUUGAUAGUCUACUGGAUACAAGUUUGCUUCGCUGAUCUUCUCCACUGAAAAAAACAUGUAUUGAGAUAUUCGAAAAUUUAAGAAUAAAAACAAAGUCUUGAUUGCAUUAAGCCUA